UCGACAGUUUCGUGUCGUGAACGGAGAUGCACCUCUGAAGCUGUAUUGCAUGUGUUGACUGUAGGAGUGGAUUGGGGAAGUCACUCUCAUGUUUUUCUCUGUUUUGCAGGAAAACCUCACAGCAUUGAGAACUCAGAGCGCAUCCAGCUCUCCGGAACAUAUAACGUACGGAAAGGAAAGCUGCAGCUGCCGGUGAACCGCUGGAGUCGACGGCAGGUGAUUUGUGGCACUUGUCUGAUGGUGUCCUCCGUGAAGGCCAGCCAUACGGGCAAGAUGCACAUCCUGCCACUGAUCGGAGGAAAGGUGGAAGAGGUGAAGAAACACAGUCACUGUUUGGCCUUCAGCUCGGCGGGACCUCAGAGUCAGACCUACUACAUCAGCUUCGACAGCUUCACCGAACGCCUGCGCUGGCACCGGCAGGCGGCGAAGGUGGUGUCUCAGAGGAUCAGCUCGGUGGAUCUGUCCUGCUGUAGUCUGGAGAAGCUGCCUCCUAAUCUUCUGUACAGUCAGGAUCUGACGCACCUCAACCUCAAGCACAACUUCCUUCCUGCUGACCAGCUCCAGAGAUUCUCCCGCCUGCGGAGCCUCAAUCUCUCUCAUAAUCAUCUGGGGAGCUUCCCGCUGCCCAUCUGCUCCAUCAGCUCACUGACGGAGGUCAACCUCAGCUGCAACCGCCUGACCUCCGUCCCCCCCGACGUGGCCAGCAUGAGCCAACUGCAGACGCUGGUUCUGGACGGUAACCUGCUGUCGGCUCUCCCGGUGGAGCUGGGCCGUCUGCAGCGGCUGGUCUAUCUGGGUCUGUCCUUCAAUGAGUUCACACAGGUGCCGUCGGUGCUGGGAGCAGCUGCCGCCGUCGAGAGGCUCUGCAUGGCUGGGAAUAAAGUGUGUGUGCUGACGCUGCAGGCCUUCCGUCUGCUGACGCUCAAACACAUCGACCUGCGUCUGAAUCAGAUCUCGGCGGUGCUGCCGGACGAGCCGGAGUUUCUGCAUCAUGUGACACAGCUGGACGUGAGAGACAACCGUCUGAGUGAGCUGGACGCGUCCGUCUUCCCGCGGCUGGAGGUGCUGCACUGUCAGAGGAACCGCCUCACACGUCUGCGUCUGCGCGGCUGCGCUCUCAAAGCCCUCUACGCCUCCAGCAACGAGCUGCAGGAGCUACACCUGAGCCCCGCCGCCGCCAGCCUCACACACCUGGACAUCUCCAGGAACUGCAUGAAGGCUCUUCCUGAUUGGCUGAGUGACAGCAGGAAGCUGGAGGUUCUGGACGUCAGUCACAAUCACAUCACUGAGCUUCCUCCGUGGCUGCUGUGCAGCGGGAGUCUGAGGAAGAUCCUGGCGGGUCAUAAUCAUCUGAAGCGUCUGCCGGAGCGUGUGGAGCGUCCAGUGCUGGAGGUGCUAGACCUGCAACACAAUCACCUCACCGAGCUGCCCUGCAACCUCUUCCUCAAAUCAGAGAGUUUGCGGUGUCUGAACGCGUCUGCUAAUAAGCUGGAGAACCUGCCGGCGUCCAGCCUUUCAGAGGAGAGCAGCAGCGUCCUGCAGGAGCUUUACCUGACCAACAACCACCUGACCGACAGGUGUGUGCCGCAGCUGACCGGACACACACACCUGAGGAUCCUGCACAUGGCCUACAAUCACCUGCAGACCUUCCCAGCCAGUAAAAUGGCCAAGCUGGAGGAGCUGGAGGAGCUGGACCUGAGUGGGAACAGGCUGAAGGCGGUGCCCACCACCAUCCUGAACUGCAGACGCAUGCACACGCUAGCGGCUCACUCCAACUGCAUCGAGGUGUUCCCCGAGGUCCUGCAGCUCCGGUUCACGAAGUGUGUGGAUCUGAGCUGUAACGAGCUGAGUGAGAUCACUUUACCUGACAGUCUACCUCCUAAACUUCAAGAGCUGGAUCUGACGGGAAACCUGCGGCUGAACCUGGACCACAAGACCCUCGAGCAGCUCAAUAACAUCCGCUGUUUCCGGAUAGACCCGCCCCCUUCCUCGUUCUCAGCCAAUGAGGCGGCAGGAGGGCCGGCUGUCUGGAGUCACGGCUUCACUGAAGCCUCGGGCGUCAAGAACAAACUGUGUGUGGCGGCGCUGUCGGUCAACAGCUUCUGCGGCAGCAGAGAGGCUCUGUACGGUGUGUUUGACGGCGACAGGAACGUGGAGGUGCCGUAUUUACUGCAGUGCACCAUGAACGACAUACUGGCCGAGGAGCUGCACAGGACCAAGAGUGAGGAAGACUACAUGACCAACACCUUCCUCGUCAUGCAGAGGAAGUUGGGCACAGCAGGGCAGAAGCUGGGCGGCUCGGCGGCGCUCUGUCACAUCCGGCACGACCCCACUGACCCCACCGGCUGCUUCACCCUCACCGCCGCUAACGUGGGCAAGUGUCAGGCUGUGCUGUGCCGCGACGGCAAGCCGCUUCCGCUGUCACUGCUGCACAACAUCAGCAUCAAAGAGGAACACAACCGCGUGCAGCAGCAUAAAGCCAUCAUCACUGAGACAAACAAAGUGAACGGCGUAACAGACUCCACACGCAUCAUGGGCUAUUCGUUCCUCUACCCAGCGGUCUUGCCUCGCCCGUAUGUCACCACGCUCCCGCUGACCCCCAGAGACGAGUUCUUCAUCCUGGGCAGCAGAGGUCUGUUUGAAGUCCUGGACCCUAGCGAGGCGGUGGAAGCCAUACGGAAGGUUCCCGAUGCGCUGUCAGCCGCCAAGAAGCUGUGCACGCUGGCGCAGUCGUACGGCUGCACCGAUAGCCUCAGCGCUGUGGUGGUGCAGCUCAACGUUAGCGGAGACUGUUGUUGUUGCUGUUGUGCGGCGUCUGCGGAGCCCGGCUCCGGAAGCAUGCAUGCACCGCCGAGCCCCGGGCUGUUCCCGGCCUCCUCCAACGGCGUGCCCCCGUCCUCCUGCAGCGAGAUCAGCUCCGAGGUCAGUGCAUCCGAGAUGAGCUCCGAAGUGGGAUCCACUGCAUCCUCGGACGAGCCGCCGCUCCUGCUGCAGGAGGCGCAGCUCCACCUUCAUCCGCAGAGCCACUCCAACCCACGCCUCCUCUGCUGUUCACUCCACCUCGCUCCCAACUCCAGAAGCUCCUUCCAGAGGCAGCUGUCCAGUGCCACCUUCUCCAGCGCGCUCUCGGACAACGGCUUGGACAGCGAGGACGAGGAGCCCAUCGCCGGAGUCUUCUCCAACGGCAGUCAAGUGGAAGUGGAGGCUGACAUCCACGGUCUACUGCCUUUGCUUCCACCUCCUCCACCCUGCACCCCAGAAACCCCGGAGAAGCUUCCAGAGGAGGCCGGGAACCUUGCGGGAGCAGAUUCUUGGAGCAAGACCUUGGGGAAGCGGAGGGGAAACGGCUCAGUGGCGCCGCAGGAGCAGAGCCACAAUUUGAUUGAGGUGGCGGCUGAGGCUCCUUCUAAGAAACCUGGAGGUUACUUCACGGCUCCCUCUCAACCCGACCCCGACGACCAGUUAAUCAUCCCCCCGGAGCUGGAGGAGGAGGUGAAGGAGAUCAUGAAACAACAUCAGCAGGACCAACAGAAGCCGGCCAAGAGCGAGCGACCUGCGGACUACUACGACACGCCGCUCUGAGGGAGCCGCUGCAUUCUGUCGUCAUCUACUCAGCCUAUCCAGUUCUAGAAAGUGCAGUCUGUCACCCAAUACGAAAGCAUUUCUUGCACUAAUUCCCCUACUUUUGAGUGAAUCAGAAACACUUGCAAUGACAUGAGGCUGAGUAAAUGAAGAUGGAAUGCACUCAAUACAGAGGAGUAUCUUCUGCUUACAGCUUCACUGACCUAUGGUGCCACUCCCUGCAGAAUCCACCAGGAUCUCAACCAAUCCUCCAGCGGCAGUCCAGUGAAACUGGAAACUGACAUGCUCUCUCUGUUGCCUUUGUCUCCACUUCCUCCACCCUGCACCACAGAAACACUGGAGAAGCUUCUGGAGGAGGCCAGGAACCUUGCGGGAGCGGAUGCUUGGAGCAAGACCUUGGGCAAGCGGAGGGGAAACGGCUCGGAG